AGGUUGGCCCCCACCUUACACAACGGGCGUGUAGUAUGGGAAGACAGUGCACUUGUGCGUGCAGUGACCCAUGGACGCACCUUGGUAGUAGAUGAAGCCGAUAAGGCGCCUGUGGAGGUUGUAUGUGUGCUCAAAUCGUUGGUAGAAGACGGGGAGAUGUUGCUUUCCGAUGGCAGGCGUAUCGUCAGUGCUGGACAAUUAUCCAGGAGUGGGGCGGAUGAGAACGUGAUUCCCAUACAUAAAGACUUCCGCAUGUUUGUGCUUGCGAACCGACCUGGAUACCCGUUUUUGGGCAAUGACUUUUUCCGCGAAUGUGGAGACGUCUUCAGUUGCCAUGUUGUGGACAACCCCGACAAGGCAAGCGAGACGCUGCUCUUACAGUCGUAUGCACCGAAUGUGCCCAAGCACAUGGUUUCACGUUUGGUAGAGGCCUUUGAUGAAGUGAGAGGGGGGGUGGAUAAGGGCCUUCUAACGUACCCGUACUCCACCCGAGAACUCGUCAAUGUUGUAAGACAUUUGCAGACAUUCCCCCAGGAUUCCUUGUCUGUUGCACUGGGGAAUGUGUUUGCCUUUGAUCAGUUCGAGAGCGAUACCGUAACAAGUAUUAAAGAAAUCAUGGGCCAUCACGGUAUCGGUUUGGACGAUCUAAAUGCACCCCCCAUCGGCCUCCAGUUGAACUAA